AAAGUAGAAAACUUUUUGGUGGGUACCGAAUUACACCUAAAAACUGCCGAGCAACCAAAACACUACCGUCUACUGAUCCACGUUAUGACGGACCCAAAAUUUGCAUGUUUAAUCAUGAAUGCGCACAGCGUAAUGGUGAAGUUGUUGGUGCUUGUAUGGAUGGAUUUCUUUUUGGCGCCUGUUGUCAGAUACCCAGUGCCAAUGAUGUAGAACACACAUUAAUCAAUGAAGCUCAAAACGCUUACUAUCAUCAACAUCAGCAUAAAUUGCAGCAAACAAUAUCCAAUUCAGCUGCAGCACAAUCCUAUGAAAAUUAUGGAGAAAACAUAAAUAAUGAGCAUCUUGCCGAUGAACCACAGCAAAAUAUUUACGAGCAGGAAAAUUUAAAUAAAGUUUAUCAAAGACCAGAGUAUACUAUGACAAGCAGUGGUACCGGCAGUUUGGAAAAUAUAUUAACCACCGACACUACUGGUAAUACGUACCAAAACUCUAAUGAAAAUCAGCAUGAACAGCAGAGUUCUAUAAGUUCACAUCAGCAACUUGAUGAGAAUACCAAUUUCAGCUUACAAGAAAGUAUUCAAUCGGGUAGUGUUGAGAAUGAAAAUGGUUCUAAACAAGAGACCAGUUUAGAUAGCCUUCAAAAUCCGCCGCCGACUAUUCAUGUGAAUAAAAAUUCUGUUAAAAUAUCUUCACCUUCAUCACAUGUGCAAAACGAUGAUUUUGUAAUGCAAGUGUUAAGUACAUUACCCCCUGGACAUGAAAAUGAUCAAAUAACUUUCACUACAGAAAUACCAAUGAAAAUAUCAAGUCUUGGCAUUAAUGAUCAAUCAAGUUCAGAGUCGAGUUCAUUCGAAGAACCUAUGGCCGUUAGUCAAACUCCACCCAAUAUUUCACAAAAUCUAUUUACAAAUGAAAAAACAGAUCACUUAAGUCACAAACAAGGAACUACCCCGCAGCCAGAUCCCCAGCACACGGAAGUAAGACCGGCAUUUGUUCAUAAUGAUCAUGCUCAAGCAAAUUCUCCACACCAAAAUCAUCUUAACUUAAAUGCGGGAGAAUUCACUCAUAGUGAUAUUACACAUCCUGGAGCUGAAACUGUUCUAAUCGAAAACGAUUUGCAAUUCUCUACUGGAUACGAGCCGGUUCCAGUCUUUAUCAGUUCUCCAUAUCAAACUACUAAUUUUAGUACAGAAAAAAAUAAAUCCGACUUUAGCAGUACAGGCAGCAAUCCAACGACCAGUGCUUCAAUUACUACUCCUGUUGACUCAAUCGAGUCUAUAAUUUUGCAACUAAAUAACACAAACCAUGGCCCAGCUUAUAAUAUAGUAAAUAAUCAAACGCCUUCAUAUGUUUCUGAUGUUACAAAUUCUUAUAUUUUAAAUAAUAAUUCCAAAAAUUUUACAUCUACUCUCAAUUCAAAACUUCGUCCAGCAACAAGUGAAAAAUUAUCAGUCACCGAUACUGAUGCAAUCAAAAAUCAACCAAGCUAUCCAACCUCUACAGUACCAGCUUAUUUGGAACCAGUAACUACAAUCUUGAAUUUGAACAAAAUAGUAAAUUCUGAUAAACAACAAAUUCCGUCAUUAUCAGGAUAUGAUGUAGGUCUGACUUCAGUAUUGGAAGACCAUACAAUGCCUGAAAUGACAUAUAAUGAUGCUACAGCUCCAGACACAGUUCAUCAAACAUCAGAAUUCAAUAAAAUGCCUGCAUUGGGAAUAGCGUAUCCAGUUGAUGUAUCGUAUAUUGACGAAGAAGGCAAUUUGUCUGCUGAUAUAAAUGAGCAAAGUAACACAAGUCCACAAAAAUCGUCAACUACUUCAGAAAAACCAAACCCAUCGAAUACGAUUCAACCAAUAUAUAGCCAAUCCGCCGCAACUUAUUCAAAUUUACUGCAGACAAACAACAAUGUACAACAUCCAAUUGCAUCUUAUAUCGGCGUAGUGCCACAAAAUAAUUCAAAACAGCCGCAAAUCACUACGUAUACUCAAACAACUAAUACAUACCAACAAAAUGAACAAAGCUCCUUACAUCAAAGCUCAGAUGCUGGUAAAUUCACUACCAUUAGUUAUGUCGAUGAAGAUAGUUAUGCUACUAAGCAAACAACAUCGAAACCAACAACAUUAUCUUAUCUUUCAGACACCACUGCAACAAUAAUACAACCCCAAUAUGAAUCUACCACUUUGUACGUUUCCAACCCAACUCCAAAUUUGAUAAAAAAUACAAAUAAGCCGAACUUACUCAUAAAUAAACGCCCCAGUUCCACAAAUCAAAAAAUUACGCCAAGACCAAUAACUUCUCAAAAUAAAUAUGUUCAGUCAUCUCUUCAAACCUCAUCUCCAGAAAACAAUUAUCAGCUUAAUACAAAAGUACCUUUAACUGUACCACCGACAAUUCAAAAUGAUCAGACGAUCUAUUUACAAAAACCAACAGUUCAAAAUUACAACUCAAAAACACCGUCUCAAUAUCAAGAAAAUGAAGAGGAAAAUUCAGGUUCAUAUCAAAGUUAUUCUCCGAUUGGAACACAAAAUAUUAAAAAGCCAACUUCAAACAAACCAUUAAAUUCGUAUGAUAAACCAAUUUAUAAACCAUCAAACUUGUAUAAUUAUGAAACUGUACAAAUACAAUCAAGUUCCGAAAAUCCACAGCAUCUAGUCAAUAAUAACAACUAUAAGGAUAAAAUCGCCACAAACACAUAUUUUCAGGAAAACGUUAAACCAAAUACAGACAUAAAACUAAACACGCAACCUACAUCAGAUUAUCAACAAGUAAGCAUAAUAAAAAUGCCCUCUUCCGCAAAUUAUAAUGAUAACGUCUCAAAGGAACCAAGUAUUAUACAUGUAGGAAAACGUCCAAACACGUCAAAGCCGCUUAAAACAAAAGUUCCCAACAAGCCCGUUUCAACAAGUUAUGUAACUGGACCCACUUCUCCACGUCCUCCAGCAACGUUUGAGUACCACGAAAGUGAAAUACCGCCAUUGAUCAUUGCGGAUGAUAAAUUAGAUACAUUCGUACAAAAUAAUGUCCAACAGAAUAUUAAUAAUAAAUUAUCAAGUAUUUACUCUUCUCAAUCUCAAUAUCAGCAAACGCCUGUGGUGUCGCAACGCCCACAAAAUGAUUACAAAAAACCUGUUUUUGUAAAAGUUCACACAACUGUUAGACCACCGGUUCCAACCGUUUUAAUUACACCGAAACCCACUGGUAAUUACGCCGUUACCUCAAGUACUUGGAUCCAGAAACAUAACAAUACUAUACAUAACAAUUUAAAUUCAUUUUAUUUUAAUACAACACCAAAACCAAAUGAUAAAAUAUCAUCACAAGAAUUUGUAAACAUUCCACCGAUUUCCUCAAAUGAUUUUGACGAUUCCGGAUAUUAUGGAGUUCAAAAUAUUGCUCAAUCUCCAUUUACACAAGCAACCACUGAAGCUAUGUACGUAAUAACAUCUGAUAAUAGGCCAUCAUAUUCUAGUUAUUAUAAACCCACGCCUAAUUAUCCUCCAUACAAAACACCAGACGAAAAAACUGACUUAUCUCUAACAGGAGAAGGAGCUACAUCAAUAAAUGAUUUCAUUAAUUUCCCUCCAGUACGAAAUCCAAAUCUAAAUAUGUCAGCAACUUCAAGUGCAGUUACAAGCGAUCUUGAACUUUCCACACCAGCUUUCGUUGAAGAUGGAGUACUUAAAGACAAAAUGAAUACUUUAGUACAUAAAAUAGUGGAAUCACUUCAGGGUAAUUUUGAUGCAUUGGCUGAUUUAAUAGAUGAAACACCAGGAAACUCAGUUCCAAUUUCCACAUAUCAGGCAGACACAAUACAUUCUUCUGUUGGCACCACGACAUAUACACGUAAACCGACAAAACAACCAACCCGCGUAACAACAGUUAAGACGAAAGUAACUAAGUCAACGACAAAGAAACCAGUCACACGACUGUCAACAAAAGCUCCAAAUAAGAAAACUACAGUUUCCACAAGGAAACCAGUAACUAGACGUACAACAACACGCAAGCCAAGCACAGGUAAACCAACUAAAAAAUACACCACAACAUUAGCACCCGCGCAAGAUGAACUAGUAGAUGAAGAAGAUGAAGAGGACAUUAAUCCAAAUGAAAAUGAAAUUGAUCAAAAUGAAAGCGUUAGUUCUUCCGGAAGUGGUGGACGUAAAAUUCAAUGCGGCGUUCGACCACAUGUAAAAUCAGGCAGAAUCGUUGGCGGCAAAGGUGCUUCAUUUGGAGCUUAUCCAUGGCAAGUUCUUGUGCGCGAAUCUACAUGGCUGGGGCUAUUUACGAAAAAUAAAUGUGGCGGUGUUCUUAUAUCAAAUCGAUAUGUUAUAACUGCAGCACAUUGUCAACCAGGCUUCCUUGCUUCUCUAGUAGCCGUCAUGGGUGAAUUUGAUAUAUCUGGCGACUUAGAAAGUAAACGAGCAGUGACGAAAAAUGUGAAACGAGUGAUUGUCCACAGGCAGUAUGAUCCAGCAACAUUUGAAAAUGAUUUGGCGUUAUUGGAACUAGAAAGUGCAGUACAAUUUGAUACUCAUAUAGUUCCCAUUUGUAUGCCAUCAGACCAAGCUGACUUUACCGGACGUAUGGCUACUGUUACCGGUUGGGGACGAUUAAAAUAUGGAGGUGGUGUACCAUCUGUUCUUCAAGAAGUUCAGGUUCCAAUUAUUGAAAAUAGCGUUUGCCAAGAGAUGUUCCAUACCGCCGGUCAUAACAAGAAAAUUUUAAGUUCAUUUUUGUGUGCUGGAUAUGCUAAUGGACAAAAAGACUCGUGUGAGGGUGAUAGUGGCGGACCGCUAGUUUUGCAACGCCAGGACGGUCGCUACGAAUUGGCAGGCACUGUUUCGCAUGGAAUAAAAUGUGCGGCGCCAUAUCUACCCGGAGUGUACAUGCGCACCACAUUUUAUAAGCCAUGGUUAAGAAGCAUAACUGGUGUAAAAUAAAUUUAAUUAAUCCAGUAUUCUUACUUCAUGAUUGCCCAACACCAAUGUAUAUUUUUGAAAUUUGAAAUUUGUGGAAGCUUUUUGCAGUCAUAUUGCCUAAAUAAGCACCAUUUUUUAACCUACCAGUACCA